AGUUGUCGUAUUUCAUUUUGGAAACUUUUUUUUCCCAUCUAAAUUAUUGUGUUAACUUAAAACAUACCAAUUGUCAAUGACUUUUCAGGCUAGGCCCACUAUGUAUCAAGUUGUAAAGCAGAUGGUUGACAAGAUGGGCUAUGCAGUGAAGGUUGUUCGAGUCACCAAGAGGGUACAUGAAGCAUAUUUUGCUCAGUUAUACCUCACAAAGUUGGGUAAUGAAACGGAGAAUGUUAGCUUUGAUCUUCGACCUUCGGAUGCCAUUAACAUUGCAGUAAUAUGCAAGAUUGGCAAUGGUGGAAAACAGUUCGGGUUGCAUCAAAAGAUUUGAUUUUGUGU